AGUGGAUUUCUUGGUUUUUGUCAUUUCAAUUAUUAUAAAAAUCCAAUAUUCCAAUUUAUACUUGUGCCAGCUUCCAUUAACUCGAGAAACUCUGAUUCAAUGGCGUCUACGAAAUCAUCUCCGCUAAGCUUUCCACUGUUUUUAGCAUUUAUGUUUCUGUUUCUUCAACCCCAUGUGUCAUCAUUCUCAAUCAAAGAAGCAACUGUGCAGGAUCUCCAACUCGCUUUCCGGAGAAAACAACUCACCUCAAGGCAACUCGUUGAGUUUUACAUCGGGGAGAUCCAUAGACUCAACCCGCUCCUCAAAGCGGUCGUCGAGGUUAACCCCGACGCUCGGUCUCAAGCCGAUAAGGCCGACCGGGAACGAAAGGCUAAAGCAGCAGGGUCAUUAGGUGUCCUGCAUGGAAUCCCUGUUCUUCUCAAGGACAACAUCGCAACCAAGGAUAGAAUGAACACUACUGCCGGUUCGCUUGCGCUGCUAAGAUCCGUUGUUCCUCGAGAUGCAGGCGUCGUAUCGAAACUGAGGAAAGCCGGGGCUAUAAUUCUCGGAAAGGCUAGCUUGAGUGAGUGGGCUCACUUCAGAGGCUAUUCUGCACCCAGUGGCUGGUGUGCUCGGACUGGACAAGGAAAGAAUCCUUACAAUAUUUCACAAGAUCCAUGCGGGUCAAGUAGUGGAUCAGCCAUAGCAGUAGCCUCGAAUCUGGCAGCAGUAACACUCGGGACCGAGACCGAUGGCUCGAUCCUCUGUCCAUCUAACAAUAACGCCGUUGUCGGCAUCAAACCCACCGUUGGUCUCACCAGCCGAGCCGGAGUCAUCCCCAUCACUCCCAGACAGGACACCGUCGGGCCCAUGUGUAGAACAGUGACCGAUGCCGUGUACGUCCUGGAUGCCAUUGCAGGCUCAGAUUCUAAUGAUAAUGCAACAGUUGAAGCAUCAAAGUACAUUCCACGAGGCGGCUACAAGCAAUUUCUGAAGAUGGAUGGUCUCAGAGGUAAAAGAUUGGGCUUAUUCAGGAAUGAAUUCUUCAAUUUUGGCAAUGGACCUGUUUAUGCUAAAGCUUUCGAGCGCCAUUUCACCAUUUUAAGGAAAAGAGGUGCAGUUUUGGUUGAAAACGUUAAUGCAUCCAAGUAUUUGGGUGCAUAUAACACCGACACAGACUAUGAAAAUCUCGCAAUGACAGCCGAGUUCAAAUUGGCCAUAAAUUCUUACCUAAAAGAACUUGUGGCAUCUCCGGUACGAUCCUUGAGAGAUCUCAUUGCUUUCAACAACAAAUUUGCAAAACUGGAAAAAACCAAGGAAUAUGGUCAAGAGUAUUUCCUUGAUGCAGAAGCAACCAAUGGCAUAGGCAAAAAAGAGAAGGCUGCCAUACUAAAAUUAGCAAAGAUGUCUAGAUACGGUUUCAAGAAAUUAAUGAAGGAAAACAAGCUGGACGCCUUGUUAUCACCAUUUUCAUUAGCUUCGCCAAUGCUUGCAACGGGUCAACACCCGGGUAUUAUUGUGCCGGCCGGAUAUGGAAGCGAUGGGGUGCCGUUCGGCCUUUGUUUCGGUGGAUUAAAGGGCUCGGAGCCAACCCUGAUCGAGAUAGCUUAUGGCUUCGAGCAAGCUACUAAGAUUCGAAGGCCUCCUUCAAUCAAUCACUGAUAUUAUUAGUGGUAGCUUAGGUUGGUUGAAGCAAUAGGUCUAUCCAUGUUGAAUGUUUCACGUAUCCUGCAUCCAUUAUGACGCCCUUGUCUCAAAAUAAGGAUCUCACAGUUUGAUUCGGACAUGAAAGUAAAUUAUAUUGAACUUGCAUCUGAUAUGAACUAAAGCGUUUUAUCUUGGAUCCAGAUGAGCUUUUUAUGUCGAUUCCAGCGCACGUGAGAGACAUCCAUUGGUUAAAAUAAUGGUUAAAAUAUGUCCCAAA